CUCCCCCACAGAGCUGAGAAAAAGCAGCGGCACAUUUCACAUUGGAAUUGCUGAAGUCUAUUAUUAAUUCACACAACACAAACUCACAAACUCAUCACCACCAAUCCACCAUAGUCAAAACUAGACUGCUCUCUAUCUCCACCAACUCAUAUCUGCUUCUCAGUUUGCAUUUUUGGGUUCCAUAAUCGCCUACCAGGGUUGUUGGUGAAUUCAACUGAGAGAAAGAGAUGGCUUUGAUAGGAAGAGUGCACCCUGAUUGCGUAAACGUUGCGAAUCCAUACCAUGAAUGCACUGAAAAUUGCCUGAGAAAGAUUGCAGAAGGGAAAGGCAAGAAGAAUAAGAAGAAAACAGAUAAUGGUGGGGAUAUAAAAGGCGGUGAGUUCAACAAAAAGAUGGCUGGAGAGAGAAGAGUGGAUGCAACUAGAGCAUCUAAUCCUUACCAUCAAUCUGGUCAGUCUUUUCCGAAAAUAACUGGUGGUGCUGAAGCUCGUGCAGAUAUAAAAGAAUCAGCAGGCUCCAUUCUUGAUGUUCCUAUAUUGGGUGGACGGAAAGAGAAAUCCCGACCAAACACUCCUCAAGAUCUUCAGAAUGUAUCUGACCGUAGUGUGGUUUAUCCAUAUGACAGUCGGUCAUCCCCAGCUAAGGACAAGGUGAAAAUGGAGACUGGGUCUGUCCUUGAUGAUCCUGUAUUUGGAAAAAGAAAGCCAGUCUCCCAACCAAGGCCUGUUGAAGAGCAUGAGAAUGGAAAACCUGUUGCUAUUGGUCCUUUGUCAUUUCCUGAAAAACUGAAAAUAGAAAAUGGCUCUCCCCUUGAUGAUCCUAUAUUUGGCAGAAGAAAGCCAGUAGCUGAGCCAAAGCCCCGUGAAGAGCUUGACAAUGGAUCAGGUCAAGGUGCUGUCAAUCCAUCUGGUUCUCCCUUGUCACCAUCUAAUGAAAUUGUGAAUGUAGGGAAUGGCUCCACCCUUGAUGAUCUUAUAUUCGGCCGCAGAAAGCAGGGAUCUGAACCAAAGCCUCAAGAAGAGCUUGAGAAUGUACCUGCUGUAAAAUUAGAGAAUGGUGACUAUAAUUCUUAUUCUGGACCACUUGCUACAGUAAAAGAUGCAUCUUUGAACAAGCAACAAAACCAGUCCUCUGGUGUAAUGCCUACAUCUGGAAUUAACAAAAUGACCCCAUCUAUUUCUCUCCCAAUGCACAAGGCUGGGGAAGGUGCCACUGACCCACCUUCAGAAAAAAGAAGCUUCAGUGUCUCAGGUACUCCCCAUAUUUUUGAAGAGAGUGAUGAUGAAGAUGCACAAUCUGUUAAUUCUGAUUCCAGUGUAUCCGUGGGAAAGUACCGUGUGAAAGGAAGCUUAUCUUCCAUUCUACAGUCUAUCUUUGAUAAGUACGGUGACAUAGCAGCAAGCUGUCAACUGGAAUCAAUUGUCAUUCGUUCUUAUUACCUUGAGUGCGUGUGCUAUGUGGUUCAAGAGUUGAAACGCACUUCAGUGAACCAGCUGACAAGGUCAAAACUCAAAGAAAUGUCGGCUAUGCUUAAGGAUGUAGAAUCAUCAGGAAUGGAUGUUGCUUGGCUUCGUCUCAUGCUCAAUGAAUGCGCGGAAUCCAUUGAUCUCAUGAGUCAGCAUCGAGCAUUCGAAGUAGCAAAGGCUAACUGUGAUCGAGACAUUGAAUCCAUAAGGAAAGAACUAGAAUCUCAAAUGGAGGCUUUGGCUCUGAAAGAAAAGGAGGUUGCUGAUGCCAAGAAGCAAGUUUCUGAAACCAGAGCCAAUCUGAGAGAGCUUGAGCUCAAAUCAUCUAGUUUGGGUGAGGCUGUUAGUAAAAUGAAGUCCAAAGUUGAAAUUCUUCAAAGCAAACCAUUGUUGGACAAGGUCUUGUGAGGUUACUGCACAAGCUGGAAAGCCUGUAAUCAGUUAUAGAUAGAAGUUCUAUAUGAAUGUUUUAAAGGGUGAAAAGUGAAACUAGCCCAUAACAUCCUCUUAUACUCUGUAGCUUUUAAAUUGGGGUGUCUGCCCUUCUCAGUGUGGUACUUAGUACUUACUAGUCAUGCCAAGUUCUUCUGUAAGUUAUUUUUUGCUUCCAUUGUGUUGAACAUGAAGGAGCUAGAAGAAAGCUUCUACUAAUUCCCAGUCUUGUACUAUUGUUAAGAGCAAACUUGGGGGAGACUGGGAGAGUGUUGACAUAGUAAGCCACAACUCAUUUGCUUCAUUUUCUAGGUUUCUUCACAUGUUUUUAUGACACUGGUGUGGCUGUCUUGUGCA